AUGGAUUUUGGUACCAUGUCUUGCGAAGAAUCUGCCGCCGCGAAAUCGUUGAUGAGAAACAUGGCUAAUUAUUGCAUGAACGCGAUGAGAAAGCGCACGAUUGACGAACAGCUUGGUGAUUUAUCGGCGAUUAUGGGAUGUCCGUUGGACCUGAAAAUCGUGUACAAUCGGACCGCGUUGCAAGUCAGUUACUGUGUUGGCUCGCUGAGUGCUUCGGUCACCGGUGCAGACGAAUCGACGUGCGUUCGCCGAUGCAAAAGGGACUUAUUGCACAAGCUUAAAGUAUUUUGCGCCUACACCAACGACGGUGCACGGACAUCGUCAUCAGAUUGGCAGGCUCGAAGCGACAACAGCCCCGAAUCGAGUAGCGAGACGAAAGACGUUUACUCCGAGGUCGAAUUGUCCAAAGAGCGAGUGACUGGAAAAACUGCGAGGAAAGCGUUCGACCAAAACAUUGUACUGGUCGACCCAGAGAUGGAUAUCUCAAGCGAGAUGUGCGAGUUCAUGGACAUUAAUGAAUCGCCGCUGGUGCUCACAGUCAGUUAUUUACCAGCAGAAUGGAACAUGAUCUUGGAAUGCGGACUGUACAGUGCUUCGAUCAACGGUUCCGUAAAGUCGACGUGCAUGCGGCAGAGCAAAAUGCUAUUGUUACACGAAUUGAACGCGUUCGUCACCGACGAAAACAUAGUCAACAGAGAAGCCGUGAACUCGGACGAUACUCCCCUAACUGUAAUCGCCAAUGAGGAUGACAACACACAAGAAGAUAAGCUGCGAAAGCUUAGCGACUGCGAAAAACCUCUCGGAAACGUGUCAAACGAGUCGGUAUCGACGGUAAGACCCCGGGAAGUUUCGGACGAAUCGGUAGUUUCUGUGAAGGAAUCGGAUCGCAAAACUUUCAAUUCAUAUGAUGAAUCGGGGAAUGAUAGGAUCAAGGUUCACGAGGUGUUUGGUUCGGUUUAUAAUCGGAAGAAUGAAAUUGCUCGAAAUGGGUCAAUUAGUAGUGAAAAUCAACGAUGGGACCCGCCAAGUCGAAAUAAUAUAAACGUACCGGCCGUAGAGCCAGUUAUUCAACCUCAGGAAAUCACUAACAGCACACCAGUUUCCACGGAGUUACCCGUUACCAGGUCCAAUGACCAGUCAAGGAUAUCUAGCAAUAUCCUCGAACCGUACAAGUUGCGGAAAUACGUCAGCAGAGCGUCCGAGGUUUUGAAAAAUGUGACGUGUGACACGUUUCAGGAAAACGCCAUACGGUUUUUUGAUAUACUCGUUCAAACGAAUCGCGCUGACCGACUUCACUUGAAGAUGAUCACGGAUUGCUUAGUGUCAAAUGCAAUUGACAAGCCCGACAAUUGCGCCUUAUACGCGUCGCUGUGUUGCCACGCGAUCAAAAAAGCUUUUGCGGACUCCAGGAGAACCGUUAGUCAAGGGUUAUCGAACGCAUUCAAAAUCGAGUUGAUACAAUCCUGCAGAAACGUGUUGACUGAAGGCGGAGUGUUGUCCCGGGUGGGAACAUCUCGACAAUCCCAGGACCCUGAGCGAUCGGAACAGAUGUUCGAUAUAAAAGUUCGGGACCGUACGCAAGGAACGUGCAGGCUUAUGGGUGAGCUAUUCAUGCAAGGCCAAAUGUUCAAAACCGUAAUGAACACUAUUGAUACGUUCAUGCAAAUACACGACGCGCAUUCGUUGGAAUGUCUCUGCGUUUUGUUGAUCAUAAUCGGACCAAAGCUCGAAAAAAUCAUCGAUGCUCCAAGACUAGUGUACGAACAACUCAAGAGCUACUCGAUCGCCGGGUACGCGGGUGACAUUCCUUUGACUCCGCAAACAGUACAAAUGAUCGACAUUGUUCUGAAUGUGCGGAUGAGUUACAUGAAUGGUUCAAAUUCGCGGCGAGGUGAUUUCGCUGAAGGAAAGACCAGGAAGCCCGGCAACCGCCAUCGUCGGGAUGUGCAGUCGAAGGAUCGCCGUGCGAAUCACAUCUCCGGCGAAAUUUCGCAAUACAGCCGAAACCCGCCAUCCUGUACUACUGCGACGUCUGCACAGCGCCACAGGAAACACGUAACGUUUAACCCCGUGACGUCUAUAUUCUUUUAUCGUAAUCAUUAA